AUGUCUGCAGAAUUUAAAAAACGUAAAGUAAUUCAAAAUCGGCGUAGAAGAGUUUCUUCUGAGAGUGAAAGUAGUGAUGAAGAAAGUGUUGUUGUUCACAAUAAUAAACGCCAUAAAAAAUUAAACUUAUUAAUACAAAGUACAUCUAGUAAUAAAUUGAAAACAUCUGAACCAAUCAAUGAUUCUUCUGAAAGUGAUCACGAAAGUGUUGGUGUUUCAUAUCGUUCUAAAAUGGACACAGAUAUGAGUGGACCCAAAGAUAUGGGUGCAACAGCAACUGUUGAAAUUGAUACUGAACUUGACAAAGAUGCUCAAGCUAUUUAUGAACGAUCAUUACAAGUGAAUAAAGAACUUAAAGGUAAAGAAGAUGAUAAGGUGUAUAGAGGUUUAGCAAAUUAUACACAAUACUAUGAGAAAAAAGAUACAGCUUUAGGUAAUGCAUCCAGUGGAAUGGUCCGUAAAGGACCUAUUCGAGCACCUGCUAAUUUACGUUCCACUGUUCGUUGGGAUUAUCAACCUGACAUAUGUAAAGAUUAUAAUGAAACUGGUUUUUGUGGUUUUGGUGACAGUUGUAAAUUCUUACACGAUCGGUCAGAUUAUAAAUAUGGUUGGCAAUUAGAAACUGAAAAUAAUCAAGAAUGUGAUUCUGAUGGUGAUGAUCCUUCAAAGUAUGAAAUUAAAGAAGAUGAUGAUGAUUAUCUACCAUUUAAAUGUUUGAUUUGUCGCGAUUCUUAUGUCAACCCUGUAAUGACAAAGUGUAAACAUUAUUUUUGUGAAAAGUGUGCUCUUGCCCAUUACAAAAAAAGUACUAAAUGCUUUGUAUGUGAGAAACAAACUGGAGGAUUCUUCGAUCCAGCUAAAGCAAUUAUAGAAAGACUUAAUGCUGCUAAUACAGACAUAAUCCAUCAAUGUAGUUCAGAUGGAGAAUCAGGUUAA